AUGUUUGAAGUGGUGGAUGUGAAUGCGACGUUUAUUGGCGGCGAUCUGGCGCUCGAUCUGAAUAACCCGCCGCGGGUAGUGGAGGGAUCGGCGACGGAGUCAACCAUGAGGAGCGAGACCAACAGCAGCAGCGCGGAGGAUUGUCUUUAUGCUCACCUCCCUGUCCUGCCAGUAGCAAAGGGGCUGAGGUUGGAUCCCUUGUUUCGGUAUCUGACCUCUUCUUUUAGGGUCAUUCCGGUAGGGCAUCUUGGUGAUCCGGAUAACAUAGGGGAGGUGGCAGAGGCGAUCAAGUAUCAGUAUGGGAUUAUCCAGGCGCAAUACUUGGCGGUGCAGCUUGUUCCGGCUGGUGAGACAAACGUGACGCUGUCGGGGGGGGUGGAUGGGGAUGCAGUGGGUUGGGAAUGGAGGGGAAUGGGAGAGGGUGCUGGGGAAGGAUAUCAGGUUUUGGUUGGGGUGGGGGGAUGUGGUUGA